CAUGGGGGUAGAAACGAAUCCGAAGUGAGCUCAUAUGAUAGGGUGCUGUUUGUUUUAUGCAUUGUGCUUCCUUUAGUAAUCAUAUUGCUUGGAGCCUUGGUUUAUAUAUGCUACUGCAUACAAACACCACGCAAGAAAAUUGAGUUUCUUGAAAAAUUGGCCAGUGGCAACUUUGGCACUGUGUAUCGUGGCCUAUGGAAAGGCAGAACAGAAGUGGCUAUAAAAAAAUUAGACAAAGCAGAUAUGAAGUCGAUUAAUGAUUUUGAGCAAGAAGCGUCGAUUAUGAAAACAAUGAAACAUAAAAAUAUAUUAUCUUUAUUGGGGAUUUGUCAAACCAAGGAGGAGUUGUACAUAAUUACCGAGUACAUGAAAAAUGGCUCGUUGCUUAGUUAUUUGCGCAAGGAAGGCGAAACGUUGAACAAAGCUGAUUUGUACGAGUUUGCAGAACAGAUUGCAUGCGGCAUGGUUUAUAUGGAAGAGCAAAAGUACAUCCAUCCGCGAUUUGGCAGCCCGCAAUGUCCUAGUUGA